AUGGAUGAGGUCCCUCCAGAAUGUAUCGCUAGCGAAUUGAAAAGGUCGCGGAUGCAUGUCAAGCCAUAUCCCAUCGUAUACCAGAAUAUGGAUCGGAAUAUGGGGGACGUAUCUGAUAUCCCCCUCGCGAAUGACGGGGAGAGGGUAAUCCUGAACCUGCAUGACUGGGUCGCUCACCCUGAGGACUUCACUGCCAAUAUUCCACGAGUAUUUAUCGAGUAUGGCGGUCCUGCUGUUACGAGAGUCCUAUCGGUCGACUAUCGCAUCUCGGCUUCCCAUCCAUAUCCGGUAGCAGCACCCUUCCCAACUGCGAUUAUCGAUGGUCUAGCAGGAUAUGUCUACUUGACACGCAGGCUGGGAUUCAAGCCACAGAACGUGAUUAUAUGCGGUGAUAGUGCUGGCGGAAACCUUGCUCUUGGGCUGGUACGAUAUUUACGCGACAGCCACGAACUUGGGCUUGGUAUGCCCGGUGGUCUAAUUUUGAUCUCCCCUUGGGUUGAUAUAGUCGCGACCGAUAGCCGUGCUCCCGGAAACCACGUAGCUAGGAACCAAAAGUCUGACUACAUACAGCCUAGCACUAGCCAUUAUCCUUCAGGCGUAUACGCCUAUUUGUCUUACCUGGGGCGGUUGACAGCCGAGGACACUCGCAAAAAUGUGUAUCUUUCACCAGCUUCAUUCGAGUUGGAUCCUGCGGUGGUCCCGGGUAUGUUUGCUAGGUUUCCUCGGACAUACAUAGUUGGCGGAGACGGGGAAAUCUUUAUGGAUGCUCUCAGGCUGCUGCAUCAGAGGAUGAUCUCUGAUGUAGGAAAAGAACUAGUUGUGUACGAUGAAGUUCCUGAUGCGACGCAUGAUUUCUUGGCAUUUCCGCUUUGGGAACCGGAACGGAGCAACGCUUUCAAGAGGCUAGCAGACUGGAUACAGAAGCUUUGA